AUGUUUUCGCCGGUUGCGCGGAUCGUUUUCGUGGUUGGACUCAGAACGCUCGAGUCGAUCGUGCUGGCACAGCAACCUGCCGAGGUCGUUCUCACCACGGCCUGCGCUGCGAGCGGAUUGGUUGGCUACGACUUCAAGCACGCCGUUGCAUCAAGUACAUCGUUCAUUCUACUGCUCUUUUGCUCUGCCAAGGUUGAACCGCAGCUUGGUCUGUCGGUGCACUGGAACUUAUCCCCGUUUGACGAGGUCUCCUUGAAGGACAACAACAACAGCAACUUGACGAGAAGAGAAACGUGCACCAACCAUGUCUGUAACAUCCGCAACAAGCAGGCCAUAUCGGCUGACUUCAAUGUGGGGUGGCUCGCCAUCGGCUUUUCGUCGGAUGGCAACAUGAUCGGCUCCGACGCCGUCGUCGGUUCCAUUGAAGGAGUACUCGAGUACGACCUCGGUUCAAAAGGGCUUCCCGUUCAGCCACCGCUCUCGCCCCUCGAAGCAUCCAUCCGGCCGUACUCCGUCGACGAGCAAGAAAUCACAGGUGCGGUGCUCGAGAGGGACGAGAACGUCACCUCGCUGUCCUUCACGCGACCGACAAUCCCUGAGGUCUCUGGGAAGCAGGCCCUCCUUGCCGGGGCGGACACUUCGGCCAUCUUGCUCUGGGCAGCCGGAUCGGACGACUCUUUUGGCUACCACUUCCUCGGGCGCGGAGCUUUCAGCAUUGACCUGGCUUGUUCGGAAGGCCAACCCGUGGUAGAAGGAAACGUGGUGGAAGAAGACGUGGUGGAAGGAGAUGAGCAGCUCGGCACUGAGGCCGGCAGCGCCGUGCCUCUUCUCACCGAGGGGCCGAGCACAUCUCCGUUCACGGUGUUCUCUGUUAGCCCUAGUUCCGCCCCCGCGCCCCCUUUCACGGCCCAGCCGGCAGGCGGUAGCACUACGAGCGGAGCGUUGCCACGGGUGCCAACCGCGGUUGUUGGCUUUGUCUACAGAUUUGCUGCGGCGGCCGCCCUCGGAUUUGCUGCUGUCGAAGUGUUCUUCGCCUUUGCCGUUCUUUGA